AUGGCCUCUACUGCAGGGACCGAAAAGGUCUUUCAACCGAAUGAGACAAUUCCUAUAUCUGUAGAGUUUACCGGUGGCCUGGAAAUGCUCUUUGCCAAUGAACGAAAACAUAGCCUAGCAAUUCCUGCGAAGACGAGUGACGGGAAAAAGCCGACGAUCGCGUGGCUCAUUCAGUACCUUGUUGAGAAUCUGAUGCAAGACACUAGAAAAGAACUGUUCAUUCUUGAUGAUUAUGUGCGCCCUGGUAUUCUGGUUCUUAUAAACGAUGCAGAUUGGGAGCUGGAAGGAGAAGAGGCAUAUGAAAUACAGCCUAGAGAUAAUAUAUUAUUUGUCUCCACGCUACAUGGAGGAUAG